AUGGGGUCGGCGCUGGUCCAGCGCGGGGGCUGCUUUCUCCUAUGCCUGUCACUGCUGUUGCUGGGCUGCUGGGCAGAGCUGGGCAGCGGGUUGGAAUUCCCGGGUGCCGAGGGCCAGUGGACGCGCUUCCCCAAGUGGAAUGCCUGCUGUGAGAGCGAGAUGAGCUUCCAGCUGAAGACUCGCAGUGCCAGGGGCCUCGUGCUCUACUUCGACGACGAGGGUUUCUGCGACUUCCUGGAGCUCAUCCUGACCCGGGGUGGCCGCCUUCAGCUCAGCUUCUCCAUCUUCUGCGCCGAGCCCGCCACGUUGCUGGCAGACACGCCUGUCAACGAUGGCGCGUGGCACAGUGUGCGCAUCCGUCGCCAGUUCCGCAACACCACGCUCUACAUCGACCAGGCCGAGGCCAAGUGGGUGGAGGUCAAGUCCAAGCGCAGGGACAUGACGGUGUUCAGUGGACUCUUCGUGGGCGGCUUGCCCCAAGACAACAAUGUGGAAGGUCUGGCGCACCUGAUGAUGGGCGACCAAGGUAAAAGUAAAGGAAAAGAAGAGUACAUUGCCACCUUCAAGGGAUCUGAAUACUUCUGCUACGACUUGUCACAAAACCCCAUUCAAAGCAGCAGCGAUGAAAUAACCCUGUCCUUUAAAACUCUCCAGAGGAACGGACUGAUGCUUCACACAGGGAAAUCGGCUGAUUAUGUCAAUCUUGCCUUGAAAAAUGGAGCUGUCUCUCUGGUCAUUAAUUUGGGAUCAGGGGCCUUUGAAGCGCUAGUGGAGCCCGUGAAUGGAAAGUUUAAUGAUAAUGCCUGGCAUGAUGUGAAAGUCACCAGGAAUCUGCGUCAGCACUCAGGCAUUGGACACGCUAUGGUGACAAUAUCAGUGGAUGGGAUUCUUACCACAACGGGCUACACUCAAGAAGAUUACACCAUGCUGGGGUCUGAUGACUUUUUCUAUGUGGGAGGCAGUCCCAGCACAGCCGACCUUCCAGGGUCACCAGUCAGUAACAACUUUAUGGGCUGUCUCAAAGAGGUUGUAUAUAAAAAUAAUGAUGUAAGGCUGGAAUUAUCUCGACUUGCCAAGCAGGGAGAUCCUAAGAUGAAGAUCCAUGGAGUGGUGGCAUUUAAGUGUGAAAAUGUGGCGACGUUAGACCCAAUAACUUUUGAAACCCCAGAGUCUUUCAUUUCUUUGCCUAAAUGGAAUGCAAAGAAAACAGGCUCAAUAUCAUUUGAUUUCCGUACAACAGAGCCAAAUGGCCUGAUCUUGUUCAGCCAUGGCAAGCCAAGACAUCAAAAAGAUGCCAAGCACCCACAGAUGAUUAAGGUUGACUUUUUUGCUAUUGAAAUGCUGGACGGUCACCUGUACCUCCUCUUAGACAUGGGGUCAGGUACUAUAAAAAUAAAAGCGCUGCAGAAGAAAGUGAAUGACGGAGAAUGGUAUCACGUGGAUUUCCAGCGGGAUGGACGGUCAGGUACCAUUUCUGUCAACACACUGCGCACUCCUUACACAGCUCCUGGCGAGAGUGAGAUCCUGGACCUGGAUGAUGAGCUGUAUCUGGGUGGCUUGCCAGAAAAUAAGGCUGGCCUUGUCUUCCCCACCGAGGUGUGGACUGCUCUGCUCAACUAUGGCUACGUGGGCUGCAUCCGGGAUCUGUUCAUUGAUGGCCAGAGCAAAGACAUCCGGCAGAUGGCGGAAAUUCAGAGCACGGCUGGAGUGAAGCCAUCCUGCUCGAGGGAGACAGCAAAACCGUGCCUUAGCAAUCCUUGCAAAAACAACGGCAUGUGCAGGGAUGGCUGGAACAGAUACGUCUGUGAUUGCUCUGGAACAGGGUAUCUCGGCAGGUCCUGUGAGAGAGAAGCAACAGUUUUGAGCUACGAUGGGAGUAUGUUCAUGAAAAUUCAGCUCCCGGUGGUGAUGCACACUGAAGCUGAGGACGUGUCUUUACGGUUCAGAUCACAGCGUGCAUAUGGAAUUCUGAUGGCGACCACUUCUAGAGACUCUGCCGAUACCCUUCGACUGGAGCUGGAUGCGGGGCGUGUGAAACUCACGGUCAAUCUAGAUUGUAUCAGGAUUAACUGUAAUUCCAGCAAAGGUCCUGAGACCCUUUUUGCCGGCUAUAACCUCAAUGACAAUGAAUGGCACACGGUGCGUGUGGUUCGUCGAGGAAAAAGUUUAAAACUAACAGUAGACGAUCAACAAGCCAUGACAGGCCAAAUGGCAGGCGACCACACAAGGCUGGAGUUUCAUAACAUAGAGACUGGCAUCAUCACAGAAAGACGCUAUCUUUCUUCUGUCCCCUCAAACUUCAUUGGACAUCUGCAAAGCCUGACAUUUAAUGGGAUGGCAUACAUUGACUUGUGCAAAAAUGGCGAUAUAGAUUACUGUGAGCUCAAUGCCAGGUUUGGCUUCAGGAACAUCAUCGCAGAUCCUGUCACCUUCAAGACCAAAUCGAGCUAUGUUGCCUUAGCUACAUUGCAAGCCUACACUUCUAUGCAUCUCUUUUUCCAGUUCAAGACCACAUCCCUAGAUGGACUAAUUCUGUAUAACAGUGGGGAUGGAAAUGACUUUAUUGUGGUUGAAUUAGUUAAAGGGUACUUACAUUAUGUGUUUGACUUGGGAAAUGGUGCUAACCUCAUCAAAGGGAGCUCAAAUAAACCACUCAAUGACAAUCAGUGGCACAACGUGAUGAUUUCAAGGGACACCAGCAAUCUCCACACUGUAAAAAUUGACACGAAAAUCACAACGCAAAUUACCGCAGGAGCCAGAAACUUAGACCUCAAGAGUGACUUGUAUAUUGGAGGAGUGGCUAAAGAAACGUACAAAUCCUUGCCAAAACUGGUCCACGCCAAGGAAGGCUUUCAAGGCUGCCUGGCAUCUGUGGACUUAAAUGGCCGGCUUCCAGAUCUCAUCUCGGAUGCCCUUUUCUGCAAUGGGCAAAUUGAGAGAGGAUGUGAAGGUCCCAGCACAACCUGCCAAGAAGACUCAUGUUCAAAUCAAGGAGUAUGCUUGCAACAAUGGGAUGGCUUCAGCUGUGACUGUAGCAUGACUUCCUUCAGUGGGCCACUGUGCAAUGACCCUGGGACAACGUAUAUCUUUAGCAAAGGUGGUGGACAGAUCACGUAUAAGUGGCCUCCUAAUGACCGACCCAGUACACGAGCAGACAGGCUGGCCAUAGGGUUUAGCACUGUACAGAAGGAAGCAGUAUUGGUACGAGUGGACAGUUCCUCAGGCCUGGGUGACUAUCUUGAACUGCACAUA